AUCUUUAUCUAUUACUAUCUUUAUCUACAGCUAUCUGUAUCUGUAGCCAUGAAUAGAUUAAUAACCUACUGUUUCAGCUAUCUUUAUCGCCAUCAAUUUUUAUCUACAACUAUGUAUUUCUACAACUAUGUAUUUCUACAGCUAUCUUUAUUUACAGGUAUCCUCAUCUACAGCUAUCUUUAUUUACAGGUAUCCUCAUCUACAGCUAUCUUUAUUUACAGGUAUCCUCAUCUACAGCUAUCUUUAUUUACAGGUAUCCUCAUCUACAGCUAUCUUUAUUUACAGGUAUCCUCAUCUACAGCUAUCUUUAUUUACAGGUAUCCUCAUCUACAGCUAUCUUUAUUUACAGGUAUCCUCAUCUACAGCUAUCUUUAUUUACAGGUAUCCUCAUCUACAGCUAUCUUUAUUUACAGGUAUCCUCAUCUACAGCUAUCUUUAUUUACAGGUAUCCUCAUCUACAGCUAUCUUUAUUUACAGGUAUCCCCAUCUACAGCUAUCUUUAUUUACAGGUAUCCUCAUCUACAGCUAUCUUUAUUUACAGGUAUCCUCAUCUACAGCUAUCUUUAUUUACAGGUAUCCUCAUCUACAGCUAUCUUCUAG